AUGCCCGUCCCACGAAAUUACUCGGACAACUACCUCUCCGGCAUGGACCCGGACCCGAAGCGAAAUGUGGCGGUGGAGUGCUUCCAGAUCGAUACCACAAGGUUCGCGGCGACCUACGUCAUGCUCAUUCUGAUCGUCUACGGCGCGAUCCACGGCUCGGGCUACACGUCCGAGCAGUCCCUGUCGGCGACGAACGUGGCACACGCGCUCGUGACCUUCGUCUUCUUCCACUGGGCCCGGCUCGCCGGACACGCACGCAGCGCAGGGCGAUUACGAUGAUUUGACGGUCUGGGAGCAGCUCGACGGCGGCGCGUCGUGGUCCGCCACCAAAAAAGUCUUCCUCAUCGUGCCGACGCUCGUCCUGCUGGCUUAUUUAAAUGCGGCGGACUUUUCGCGACAAGCCACCGACCGACCAUACCCGUCCCCAUCUCGCGCGCUCCUCUGCAUCCUGCCCAAACUGCCGGGCAUGCAUGGGGUGCGGAUCCUGGGCAUCAACCGGACCGUGGGCUAA